AUGGAGAUAUUGAUUAGGCAGCAACUGUCAGAUGCUGAGAAACAACAAAAUGUUGAUGCUUUGAAAAGUACUUACAAGUUGAUCAAAUCAGCACAUGAUGGAAAAUCUGCCCUUGAUUCCUUGGAGAGUUUCUCUUUUGACUUAUAUGUCUUAUGUGCAGAACAAGCAUAUCAGAUGGGUCUUCCUGAAAUAAGCCAUGACUGUCUACAAAUGUACUUUAAAGGAAAAGCUCCUGUUAACCAAUUCUUGGGUAGAGCAUAUUUGUGCCAGAGCCAGUUAUAUACUCCUGUAUCUACUGACAAUUUGGAACAAUUUGAAAAAUUCAAUAUAAACUUGCUGAAAGCAAUUGAUUUUGCAUUAAGUGAUUCAAGAUAUUAUUUUUUGAUAUAUAAUGCAUCAGUUAUUUAUUGGAAAAAUAUAAGACCAUUUUUAAAGCCCGGGUCCCUCUACUUUCUUAUACCAAGUCUCUCUCAGAUUGUGUCUGCACUGAAUCAUCCAGAUGAGGAAGACAAAGAUUGGACAGCAAAACUUAUGAUAGAAUUGCUUGAGUGUUUCCUGGAUGCUUCCAGAAUGGAAGAAGCCAUAACCUUUUCAUCCACUGCAGCCACAUUCAUUGAAGAAAAUGCGCCAAGUAGAUAUAAGGAUUUAUUUUCAAUAAUGGUGCGUAACAAACUAGUGGACAUUGCAGAAAUAGAAGACAAGCUUGAAAGCUGUCUUAGUUUGAAUAUUAUAUAUAAAAUUCAAACAAUCAAAGGGCAAUUAGAUAAAAAUCAGAUUCCAGAAGAUGCUUCUACAGAUUUGAAUAACAUAUUUGAACUUUUGAAAGGAUCUAAAAAGCAAGUAAACCAUAAUGAAAGAAUUUCUUUGCUGCUAGAAUUGGCACGACUUUCUUUGAGAUUAAACUGUAUAACUAUUGCAAUGUUAUGUUUAAAAGAGUUGAAGAAUUAUAAAAUUCAUGAACCAGGAAGAGAAAUUGAAUUAGAUUGCUUGGAAUGUGACUGCGAAGUCCAAGCCCUUGGGCCUAAAAUUGAAACUUAUACUAAAAGUGUUGUUGAGGCUCAGUUAAAUGUUAUACAGAAACUUGAUUUAAUUUUGAACCGUGCAAUUCGGCUGAGAGAUCCUAAUAUUAUUCAAGCAGUAUGUACUACCCAAUGGAAUAUCUGCUUACCAUUGUUGCAACACAAUUUGCAACAUCAUGUACGAAAACCUCUGUUAGCAAUUGCUGAAGUGCUAGAGAAGAUUGACAGCAUGUUGAUUUUAUUGCGUUGUCAAGUUCAUAUGGAAAUUGCUCGUAUUGAAGAAAAAGCAGACAGAGUAGAGACUGCAAUGAAACAUCUAGAGAAGGCCAUCAACCUUGAUAACAAUGGACAGUACCAUGAAUACCUCAAAAUGGCUUUCCAUCGGCUUAGCUUAAAUACCAUGCUGUAUAAAUCAUUGGAGCGCCUAGAAGACCAAGCAAGUUUGAUGAUUGAACAGGCUAAAAAAGGAACCGCAAAUGAUAGUGUGAGGAAAAAACGCUCUCUGUUGGUGAAUGCUGGUCUUGCACUAGCACCGGAGGCUUUUCAGGUUGUUCUUGAUAGUGAAAACGAGGCUAAAGUUCCCCCAAGUAAACAUAAAGAUCAAGUUAGCUAUCUCUGUGCAAAAGCAGAGCACCACACUAAAAAUAUAGAGAAAGCAGAUGGACAUAUGAAGAGACUAGGACAUGAAAAUGAAAAAGAAAGAAUCCGCCUAUGGUCAGAAAUAGCAAAAACAGCACGGAAGCAAAGUGUUUGGGAUGUUUGUCGGGCUGCAUGUAGGUUUUGUCUCUUGUAUGAUGAUAAUCAAGUGAUAAAGGUAUCAAAACGCAAAAAAUUAAUGAAGAAGAAAGCUAGUAUAAGUACAACAGCUGAUGAGCCUGAAGGAAAUGUAUUAGGAGAGUCACCAGUGCCUAUGAAAGUAUUUUCUUUAGAAAGAGAUCUACUUAGAACCUUAGCAGAAGUAAGAUGUAUUAAUGCAGAGGCUACAAUUCAAUUAUUAAGAACAGAAGGUGUCAAGCUCAAUGAUUAUCCUGUCCUCCCUGUAGAAGCAAAUACACAUGUUUCAGGAUACUCUCAACUUUCAACAAGAAAUGGAAAAGAAUCCGACUGGAAUAUAUACAGCAACUGGAUAAAACGGUUAUCUCAGUACGCUAUGGAAAACUUUCUGCGAGCUGUCAGAAUUGGAGAGGAAUUAAAUGAAGCCUGGAUUGUUCACAACACUGUGGUGUAUGUGUUAAAUCACAAUAAGCAUCUGAUUAUUUCGAAACGGCAAAGAGAACUUGUCGAACCCUUUCAAAUUCUUUUCAAUGCUGUAAAGAAUAUUGGAAACUUUGGGAAUACUACUGUUUUAGUAACAUUAUGCAAUGCUCUGGCAAGAGGGCUGAUUCUUCCUUGGAUUCCCAAAAUUGUUUCCAAAACGGAUGAAAAGAAACUUAAUGAGGAAGGGCCCGCCAAGCGUAAAAAGACUGCCUUAAAAGGACAUGAUAAAUCAUUCACUGCUUUAAUUACACCUGUGGAUCCAGCUGGAAUCCAUGAUAUUAAAGCAGCCGUAGAGGUCUGUGAAUUUGCUAUGCGUUUACCUAAUGGAAGUGCACCUGAUGAGCCUGUGCCUAUUGCUGUACGUCAACAAGUUAUUGCAACUUGGGUAAAAGCCAAACAAUUACUUCAGCAACAGAUUGUGAGGUGGCAUGGAUCUGAGGAGGAGAGUAAUGAUGAUGGGACAAGUCCCAUGACAAAAGUUUUUAUUGGCCUGGAAAUGUAUUCCUGCAAUGGUUUGAGCCUUAUGGACUUUUUACUUCCCAAUUUGUCUCAGUUGGUAAAAAUGGCUCUGGAAUGCAGUUGGUCAGACUCGCUUGUGCAGCUUCAGACCCUGACCAGACUUAUGCAUUUUGCACAUAAUCUCCAUGACCAUGAACUGGUGAUAACUUGUUUUCAGAAGAUUUUGGAAUUAGAUAAAAUGCCAUUUAUCACAGAUCCAAAGAAAAAAGGAAUAAGUGAUUACAGUGCCAGACAAGAAAUGCUGAGUAUUGCUUCUUGUACUCAAGGGAAGAGUAUAAUGGAAAACCUGGCUGGCAAAAAACAUUUGCGGGUUACAGCAUCAAAAUCAUUUGUUGAAAGUGCAAGAUAUGCAGGAGAAGCAGGAAAUCUUAACCUUGCCAUGGUAGCAGCUCGAAAUUUCUGGAAUGCAUGUUUACCUUUCAUUGGUUCUUCAGCAGACAGGCAGCAUCUCAAAGCACCUACUGAAGUCAUUCUCAAGAGCAUCAUUAAAGCAUUAGAGGCGAAAAAUAAGCAGGAAGCAGACCAUAUGUUACACUUGCAUCAAUGGCCUACAGUAGAUUUUCAUAGCAUCAGCCCAUCAGAUGGGCAUUUUUUUCCAGGUGCUGAAGAAGAUUUGACCUUAAGAACGUUCUUGUAUGUGUUACUGUUCCAAGCACACGCUGACAAAAAUGACUGGGAGACAGGCCUUAAAGUUUUAGAUGAAGCUAUUCAGAUUCUUCCUCGCACAAAGCACAGACUCCCAAUUUUUAAGCAUAUGGUCAUGGUAAAGGCAAGACUAGGACGUAAUUAUAUAAUGGAAAUCCAGAAAUUCCGUGAUGAAACUGAGGACUACAUGUCAUAUAUGUGGCAUCGUUUGGCAUCUGUUUCCUUUGAUAUUGUGGGACAAUUAUCCUGCUACCAAAAUGCAAUUGAAGUUUUACAGAAAAAGGAAUCUGAAUUAAAGAAAGUGGAUAAUAUCUUAGGAUUUGCAGAAUGGCUGUAUUGCAAGCAGUUUCCUCUUAGUGAGGCUAUUAAACACCUGGAAUGGGCAAUAAAUAUAUUAUUGUAUAUCAGACCUCUCCAAAAAAGCCCUGAUGAAGAAGAAUUAAGAAACCAAAUCAGUAUUGGAGAAUUAAGGAGCAUAAAACAGUUAGAAGCCUUAUUUAGAGCUUAUACAAUAAUGGCAGUCAUUUCUGGCCACGGUUCAACUUUUUACGAGCAAUACUGUUUGAUGGCGUAUGCUUUUGUGAUUCGCAUGUGGCAGAUAUCAUUCACAACAGUAGGAUUGUUUUUAAAGGCACAGACCAAAGUUUCACCAGCUCAAUCAGCAACUCCAAAAUCAAAAGACAAAAAAGAUGCAAAACAGCCUGAUGCUGCUCAGGGUUCAAGCCCUACAAGCCCUUCUAAGAAAGAUAAAGAUAAAUCCCCAAAAGAUGUAAAAAAGGAACGCUCAGGCAGUAAAGAGAAGGUGAAAAGGAAGGGGCCAAUUGAUGUCUUGCCUGGAAAUGUGGAGGAGUGGGCUAACUAUGAGUGCCCUGAUGAGAUGAGAGAAGCCUUUAAACAGGACUCAAGUGGCUGUGCUAUAAACAGAGAAACCAUUUUAGCACCUACACGCACUUUAUAUUAUUUAGACCUUUUACUUAAGGAACUACAGUCAAUGUCGUGUACUCACAUGACUCUUCCAUUACUUCACUUGGCUGAAAUCAUUGCUCACGAUGUUGUUGAAAGCAAAAGUCUGUCAGAUCUCUACCAUCUCAGGCUUGCCAAAAUCUGUUUAGAUUUAAAAAUGUAUCAAGCAGCAUCUUUCCAUGAAAAGGCAGUGGGUGACAUCUUUAUUAAUGAAAAGGAACAAGGAAGAUUUAGACAAGAGAUUGCAUUUAAAAAUGAGAAUGCCAUACAGGAUAAUCAAAUGGAAAAUAAAAAUUUUGAUUGGACAGAACUAGAUAUAGAGCAAAGAAAGAAGCUAUUUACUGCAAAAGAUAAGUUUUUGGAACUCAAUGCAGUUACUGAAAAAGAAUUAAAUGGGCUUUCUCUCCCCUACUUGUGGAUAGAAAAGGCUGAGGUAUUACUCCAACUAUGUUUAUAUCAGCCAGCAAGAUUACUACUCUCAGAAGCUCAUCAAGCAACUCAGGAAAUGAAUGAUCCAUGUGGUAUAUCACGAUGCCUUUAUCUUCUAGCUGUACUAGCUAAUUUAGAAAAAAACCAUGGCCAAGCAAAAGCACUGCUUGAAAAGGCCCGCUUGAUAGGUGGAAAUGAACAGUUUUGGUACAAUAGCACUUUUGCUCUCACCGAUGCAAUUUUAGGAGACGACCAGGAAAUAAAUGAAAAAAUGGCUUGCCAUUUUCUGCAAAAAAACAUAAACGUCUUGAGGCCGUUAUUGAAGGAAAGACCCAACCGAGAAUCUGAAGUGGGUUUUAUAAUUGCAUGCUUUGAAGCCAGGAAAGCAUAUAUACAGAUAGAUUUGGUUAAAUAUCUCAUUAAUACUAGUGGUUUUUCUGAUGAGUUGGCAACAAUAUUGCUGGAAUCCUACGAUAAGUUAAUUCACAUAAAGAAGAUCUUCCUGUCUUAUGGAUAUAAAGAUCGUAGUGCUGAUGCAUUGAUGGCAUGUGCAAAUAUUCAUGGGAUACUUGGUAAAUAUACAGAACUUGCUGCAGACAAGCAGAGCCAUUUCAUAGAUGCAUAUAGUUUAGCACAAUGUGCAGUAUCACAAAUGGAAGAGCUUUUUCAACAUAUUAAUAAUAUACUUCCAAUUAAUGAGACUAGAAAUAUAAAUACACCUUUAAUGAGAAGACUUGCAAACAUGAAGGUGAACUUUGUAGAGAUCAUUUUGGAUAUUGUUGUUGUUAUCAACAUUGAAACAAAGAACAAAGAAGCUAGGGCACAUCAAAUUGAGCAAAUUAUUGAGGAUUUUGUAAGGUUUACACCUGAUUCUGCUUCACGUGAACAGGCUUGGAUCACCCUUGGGCAAACAGCGUGUCAUAAUGCCCAUGCUCAACUUACAAGCCUACCGAGUCUUUGUGUUGGUUGUCCUGACAUCAGAGCCAAGUACCUCUAUCUCACUGGAAGGAGUCUACAUUUCUUAGCUAACCAUAUUGGGCCUUUUAGUUUGGACAUUCAGUGGUGUGAAAAUGCAAUCGAGGUGCCUAAAGUUAAUUCUGAGAAAUCUCCACCACCAGAAGCAGAAACAAUAGAUGAACAAAAUGAAGCCCCAAGUCCUCUGUUGCAACUUACUAAAAAACAGCUCGAUGACCACAGGAAAAUAGCCAAUGAAUUAAGGAAGAGACAGACGUGGACUUAUGAAUACAUAUUUCAGUCAACUGAGGUUUUGCUGCAGUGCAUUAAUGUUGCAAUUAAUAACAACCUGGUCGAUACCUUGGCAGCUGCUAGUUUGGAAAUGGUGGAGUGCUUUGGACAAUUUGAUCCAGUUUCAGCAAGUCAGUUUUUAGCCCUUUAUCAGAGUUGUACGGCAUCAUUGAUUAUGAAAGAAAUCCUGUUAGCAGCUACCUUGAACAGCAGUAGUUCACAGAUGGCAGCCAUGUUGCACCUACAGCACCACUUACAACAAAGAGGAGAAACAAGUGGCCUCCUCAAAACUACAGAACACAGGUUGACUGCUAUAUCAAAGGCAUGGGGAAGCCUCGCUAUUUCUUCACAUCAUUUUAAUAUCAUGAAUGAACUGCCAGCAAAUUUUCAUAUAGUUAUUCUCCAGCAUUCAGGAGACAGGUCUUUAUUGUAUGGCGCUGUGCUUGAGAAAGUAAGGUCAGCCAACCCUAAAGAGCAAAAGGAACACCAGAAGGAAAAAGGUGGGAAGGAAAAGGGUGGGCAACAGAAAGGAAAAUCUGCUCAACCAACUUUGCAGGCUAAAGUUGUCCGGAGCCCUGUGAAUCCUGAAACAUUCUUAAACAUUUUGGAAAGAGCUGAGGUUUAUAAAGAGGAGACGAUGGUGGGUCUUUUGAGAGAAAUAGAAGAAAAUGAGUUUCAAAGAAAACAAGUGUCAUCUGCCAAACUAGAGAGUAAUAUAGAAGAUGAAGAGGGACUAGAUUUGGAAUCCCUGUUUGAAACGAUAUUGUCAGAUAUGGAAGAAUAUUUGAAGCCUGUACUGUCACAACUUAAUCUUUCUGAAUUGAGACGCCAGAGUCCAGCAGUAUCUCCAGCUGACUCAGGAAAAACCAGAAAAGGGAGUCCAGGGAAAACUAAGACAGAUGAUUCAGGGAAAACUAAAACUAAAAUAGCAAGUCAUGGUGCUGAAGACAUAGGAGAGUGUGUGAUUCUAUUGGCAGAUAAAGAUAUUCUGGAAUUACCUUUGGAAGCUCUAACUAUUUUCCAAGAUGAUGCAAUAAGUUCUCUGUCUAGAGAUUUCUCUCUCCAAAUGGUCUACAAUCGGAUACGUAAAGACGAAGGAGAUAGUGAAGGAAAAAAGAGUGCAAAACCAAAAAGUGAACAAAGAAGAAGUACAAAAAUACCAAGUCUUAACCGUAUUCUGCCACCUAAUUGUAUUUCCAUUGAUGUCCACAAUGUGAAAUAUAUUGUGGAUCCAUAUAAUGAUGGCAGAGAAGACGAAGUGGAAAAUCCUGCAAACAAUUUUAGAGGGAUCCUAGAAAAAUUUGAGCCAUUUACCAUUCGUUGGGAAGGCAUAAUGGGCGAUAUACACUUUCCAAGUUACACAGAGUGGGAAUACAUAUUGAAUAACUGCAGUAUGCUUUUUUUCUCUGCAAUGGCAAGAUUCCUCGCCCAUGUAGCACUUGACAAGCUAGUUGCUAUGAACAUCCCAGAAUGCCAAUUGAUUAUACUUUCAGGACGUGUGCAUUCCAAACCAAGUCUUAUACGAUUAAGAAACCAAGAUGAAGGAAGAAGCUCUUUACGCUUAUCUCUGGAGAAGACAACUAAAACUGCAAUCAUUCUAAGCCUUAUUGGAGUGCGUUCUGUCAUAAUCAACCAGUGGUUUACUACCCUGGAAGAAAAUACAAUGCGACUAGACAGUUUAUGUGAAAAUUUCAUAAAAGUAGGCAAAACAACUGGACAAGCUGUUCGUAUCCUUCAGAGGAAAAAGACGAUCUGGGAUAAGCCAGAAAGAUCACCUGAAUCCCCCGGAGUUGAGAAAGAAGACCAAAGCAAAAGUCCCAGUCAGCCAAACCAGACUCCAAUUCAUCCUUCGGUUAUUGAUUCUAUUCUAUAUGGCUUGCCCAACACCAUGUUUACGUGA